AUGUCCACUGCAGUCAUCACCGGAGCAAACAGCCCUGUAGGCAUUGGCUUUGCCUUUGCUAAACUACUCCGUGACAAAGGAUACACGGUGUAUGCUGUGGAUAGAGACCAUGGCGAAGGCUUGAAAGCUCUUGGGACGGAAGCCCAUACAGCCACGCUUGAUGUCACUUCCCCAGAGUCGAUUCAGAAAUUCAAAGAGUCGCUCGGUGACACCACUGUCGAUAUCUUGCUCAACGUGGCAGGCAUUGCUGCAGGACCAGAAAAGGACGGCCUUACGACCAGCAACCUCGACAUCCUCGAGCGUACCUUUGCAGUCAACACAUUCGGAGCGCUGCUUCUCACGCAAGCCCUUUUACCGAACAUUCUAAAAUCUUCGAGUCCCAAGAUCGGCAUCGUUUCGAGCCGUGUGGGAUCCAUUGGCGACAACAGCACCGGUGGGCACUACGCCUACCGCGCGUCCAAGGCUGCAGUCAAUUCUGUGGGCAAGAGUCUGGCCAUGGAUUUGAAAGACAAGGGUGUGGUAGUUAUGCUUCUACAUCCUGGCUUCGUGCGAACGAACAUCCUUCCCAAGGACACAAUGCCACCCGAAGCAGUCGAAGCGGACGAAGCUGCAAGGAAGUUGUGGGAUAACAUCGUUAGCAAGAAAGAGAUGGGUGACACAGGCAAAUUCUGGCAUCGAGAAGGCUAUGAACUGCCCUGGUGA